AUGAAUAACUUUUCAAUGGAUAUGAUACAAGUAGAAGGCAGUACAAAGAAUUUAUCAAAAACGCUAACUAGCACAUCCAUAUCAUAUCUUGGUGAUCAUAAACAAAAGCAAUAUUUGACAAUGUCCUCCAUUCUUGCAUCGAAUUCAUUACCCAAUUUGCCGCCAAAUUCGAACUGUCCGACUCUUAUAAACCAAGAGUUAUCUCUUCAGAAUGCUUCCGAUAGCACCGCCACUACUGUUAGUAAUAACAAUAAUAGUAACAACAGUGGAGCAAAUCAUUCAAAUGUUAUCUCUCAAUCUGGUUGGAGCGGGACACUUACCAACUGUUCUGAAAUACAUACAGCAAAUGAUAAUCAUUAUGAUGAGGGCCAAGAAUUAUGCGAAACAGCAAACCAUCAGAAUAUAUCGAAACUGGAAGAUAUUUUAGCUGGGAUGUCACUUUCUACAUUUGUAGAACCUAUAAAAUCUAAUGAAAGUAAUGUGAAAGAAGGGGGAUCACUAGAGCGAAACAGUUUGGCACCAGAAAAUGAUGAGAACUCUCCACAUCAGCUUCAUCCCAUAUUUAUGGAUAAAUCAUGGGCUCAGUCAUUAUUCAAUGAGAGUAAAAUAUUUUCUGAUGAAUUUAAAGAGAAUCCAGAGAAAAUACUUGAUGAUCACUUUAAUCGUAUUUGGAAAAAACGUGAAGCUCAAAUGUUACUUGAAGAUCGGAUUAGUCAGUUAACUGACGACAAGAAAUAUUCAAGAAGAAGAAAUAAUAAAGGCUGUAAAAGAGUAAAUAUUCAUCAAAGAAAUAUAACUGACGAAGAAAAAGAAAGAAAUUUUAAAGGGUCAAGACACUCUUUGUUAAAGCAUCAAAUUAACUGCAAUCGUCAAAAUCAUCGUUUUAAUGGUAACAGUACAGAAGAAUACGGUGCAGUAAAUCAUAGUCGAGAAUUGUUCAGUGAAUAUCUUGUUCGCUCAAGCCAACAUCUUCUUUCUUUUAUUAAUAAUAAUAAUAAUAAUAAUCGCAAUAACACUGAUGAUAAUCUUAAUAAAUUAAAUUAUCAACACUAUGAUAUCUGUGAUAAUUACAAUAAUGAUAAUAAUACUAAUAACGACAUAGAAUCUAUGAGAAAUAUUGGUGAACAUAACUUAACAAAGCCAAAUGAAAUCAUUCAUGAGACUAUUCACGGUGUUGAUGGAUCUGCUUUGACAACGUACGUGAAGACAGAAAGUUAUGAAAAAAAGGCUCAAAGAAGUCAUCUAAAAAGGCGUCACUCAUAUUUCGAAUAUUCAGCUGGUACAAAAAGCAGUGAUGAUGAUGAUGAUGAUAAUGAUAAUACAAUUCGGCAACGCUGUGAUUCAACUCAAUCAUUAUCGAUCUCAUUAUUUAAUAUGACUGACAACACAGUAAAUUGUCUACAGAAAAAUUCCGUAAUUAUCGUCGUCUAUAUAUUAGAAGAUACACUACCAUAUAUUAUUCUUUGUAAAGAUGAACAAUGGAGAUUAAAAGCACUUAAGCAGAUAAUUAUACAUGAAUUGUAUUCAAAUAAACAAAAACUCAGAAAUAAAGUAAACGAUGAACUUCAAGUGUUUAAUCAACGAUUUUAUUUCAAAACUGAAUCAGAUGAAUUUGAUUCCAAAGCUGUCUACCAAGAAGUUACAGAUGAUAAUGAAGAUAUUCCCCUGUGGAAAAAUUUAAUAUGGGUGAAAAUAGAAGAUGGACACAGUUAUUGA